UAAUUUCCGCCAUUACGUUCCGCCAUUUUGCUUGGUCGCGGAGUGAACGUAAAAUUUAAUCUCAUGUAUUUUAUCGUGGAUAACUAUUAGUUAGUUUAGAAUUAGUGUUUCAACACACUAAUGGCUUGCUUAAAUACACUUAAGUUAGAAAUCAAAACUUUAGAACAAGUGUUUCCAAAAAACCAUGAACGGUUUCAGAUAAUGUCAGCUAGUGUCGACGAACUGACCUGCAGAUUCGUUGGCAAAAAUGGAAAGAAAUACGAAAUCCAUGCUAAUAUUACUGAGACAUACCCCAACACACCACCUGUAUGGUUUGCUGACAGUGAGGAUCCCAUCGUGACCAAUGCUGUUCAGAUCCUCACAAACACACAAGGCAGAGAUAACCAUGUUAUAAAUCAGGUUGGUAUAUUGUUGAGAGAACUAUGCAAGUUACAUGGAGUGCCAGAGCCCCCAGAUUUGGAUUCCUUGUCACUUCCAGUGCACCCCGCGCCGCAACAGAGAGUUCCAAGUGUGACGUCAAACGGUGCAGAAUCCGGCACUGAGGAGGAUGAAGAAAUGGCCGCUGAGGAAGACGAAUCUGAAGGAGAGGAUGACUUGCCACUAGAAAUGGUCGACGAUGCUGGUCGCAGCAACAAAGAUGACAUGGAAACAGAGCACCUAGCGACACUGGAACGGCUGCGGCAGAACCAACGAGCGGACUACCUGUCAGGCAGCGUGUCCGGCAGCCUGCAGGCCACAGACAGACUCAUGAAGGAACUACGGGAUAUAUACCGCUCACAUUCCUUCAAGAAUAACAUGUAUUCUAUUGAGCUAGUAAACGAUUCACUGUACGAGUGGAACAUCAGACUCCGUUCAGUAGAUCCGGACAGUCCACUGCACAAUGACCUGCUUGUGCUCAAAGAAAAAGAGGGCAAGGACUCAAUACUACUGAACAUCAUGUUCAAGGAGACAUACCCCUUCGAGCCGCCGUUCGUUAGGGUCGUUUAUCCCAUUAUAUCAGGCGGCUACGUGCUAGUCGGCGGCGCGAUAUGCAUGGAGCUGCUGACCAAGCAGGGCUGGUCGUCCGCCUACACGGUGGAGGCCGUCAUCAUGCAGAUCGCGGCCACGCUGGUCAAGGGCAAGGCGCGCAUCCAGUUCGGCGCGACCAAGGUCGUGUCGCAGUCGCAGUACAGCCUGGCGCGCGCGCAACAGAGCUUCAAGUGCCUCGUGCAGAUACACGAGAAGAAUGGAUGGUUUACGCCACCGAAGGAGGACGGCUAAUGCAGGCUAUCUCCCUGCCGUUACAUUUAAGACUAAACGUGCAACAUAGACAGUAACGCCCAAACAGACAAACAACUGCUCCAAAUUUGACAAGUGACUGAGUUUGCGUGAAACUUUGCAUUAUGAUUCCAUUAUGAUGUUUGUUUGAUUAUUGAGACGCAAUUAUGUAUGUGUUAAGUAUGACUGAGGAACUUCGUGGUCGAUAUCUCGACAAUUGUACGUGUACUUUAAUCGUUAAGUGCUAUUGAUGUUCUGAAGAUGUGCGGGCGUUCGCGAGAGACUAUACAAGACUUAUAGACAAAAUGUUUAACUGUGUAACGUUUUUGUAAUCAUUAAUUUUCUCAGAAAAAAAGUUAUCCAUAUGGUAGCCCUAGACGUUACUGGAGUGUAAAGUUGAAAAAUUCUUUGCAUUUCUUUUUAGUUAUUGAAAUAAAAAACCUGUGAUUCUUA